UGGUACAUGAACGCAGUGCAGUGUCUGGCAAAGAGCAAAUCCACAGCCUGGAGACGCCUUUCUUCUAUUAAAUAUUAAACCCAAAUUGCGCUAAAUUCAAUUUCCGUAAUAUCCCUGACUGGUAAUGUAAGAGCCCGAGCCUUAAAUAGAUAUUGUUUUCACUGGGCGCAAUUGGGGAAAUGCCGUGGCUCCAGUCCUGACCUGUGGGAUGCAGCUCGUGAACUUUUUUGUUGAUGUUGGUUCUGCAUAAACAUUCAAACGUUGUAAACCCGCUACUGAUGAGACCUGUGGCUGAACCUCCGUGUGCGUGCACCAGCUUUGGGAGACCAAGUGAGCAGAUCCCGUGAGCGGUUCCCACGCGUGCCGUUUUUCUGUUACGUAUGCGGACAAAACGCCGCGGCUGCGCAAGCCUCGCGCACACUGGUCCGCAGUGGCGGGUUGCGCGUGUGCGUUUGCGCGCACGCGGGUGCCGUUGUAAUUUCACGUCACAUCAAGUUUGAUCAGGGCUCUCGCGUGGUCCGAUUGGACGAUCCGUCUUCGCUGUCCUGAAUCGAGACGCUCUGCUCGUAGCCCAAAUGAACCUUCGGGGGAUCGCGUGAGGGAGUCGGUGCACAUCUGGCGAAUUGUAUCGUCGCCCUCGCGCCCGCUCUGGAUGUUGCGCGUGAGCUGAAGAAUUUUAGAGGUCGGAGAAAAAUGCGGCGGCGAGCGCACGCGAGCCUCCUGCUCCUGCCGUGGCUGAUACUGCAAACCCACGCAGGAUUUCCUAAUCAGAUCAAUAUCGGGGGUCUCUUCAUGCGCUCAACAGUCCAGGAACAUAGCGCGUUCCGCUUCGCUGUUCAGCUCUAUAACACCAACCAGAACAUCACGGAAAAACCCUUUCAUCUGAAUUACAACGUGGAUAAUCUCGAGUCAUCCAACAGUUUCUCUGUCACGCACGCGUUCUGCUCUCAGUUCUCCAGGGGUGUGUAUGCAAUAUUUGGAUUCUACGAUAGGAGGUCAAUGAACACAUUAACGUCGUUCUGUGGAGCUCUGCACACCUCCUUCAUCACUCCAUCAUUUCCCACGGACACAGAUGUGCAGUUUGUUUUGCAGAUGAGGCCAAGCCUCAAGGGGGCGCUGCUCAGCUUGCUAGCCCAUUACAAGUGGGAAAAGUUUGUCUAUCUGUACGACACUGACAGAGGGUUUUCCAUCCUACAGGCCAUAAUGGAGUCUGCAGUGAUGAAUAAUUGGCAAGUAACAGCGCGUUCAGUGGGAAACAUAGUGGAUCCGCUGGAAUACAGACGUAUCAUUGAAGAAAUGGACCGCCGUCAGGAGAAGCGUUUCCUUAUUGACUGUGAGGUUGAACGUAUUAACAGUAUUCUGGAGCAGGUCCUGAUCUCAGGGAAGAACAGUCGAGGAUAUCAUUACAUCCUGGCUAAUCUUGGUUUUUCUAACAUGAGUUUGGAUAAGGUGUUUUCGGGCGGCGCUAACAUAACCGGCUUUCAAAUCGUAAACCCGGAAAGCCCAAUCGUGCAGCAGUUCCUCCAGCGGUGGGACCGACUCGACGAGAGAGAGUUUCCAGAGUCUGCAAACACUCCACUGAAGUACACCUCUGCCCUGACUCACGAUGCCAUCCUGGUAUUAGUUGAGGCAUUUCGAUAUUUGAGACGGCAGCGUGUAGAUAUUUCCCGCCGAGGGAGCGCGGGCGAUUGCCUCGCCAAUCCGGCUGUUCCGUGGAGCCAGGGAAUCGACAUUGAGAGAGCUCUCAAAAUGGUACAGGUUCAGGGUAUGACAGGAAAUAUUCAGUUUGAUUCAUUCGGGCGGCGAUUAAAUUACACCAUUGAUGUUUAUGAGAUGAAACAUGGUGGACCAAGAAAGAUUGGCUACUGGAAUGAAUAUGAGAAAUUUGUUUAUAUAGUGGAGCAGCAGGUUACCAACGAAUCCUCCUCUGUGGAUAACAGAACCAUUGUGGUCACUACUAUUAUGGAAGCUCCAUAUGUAAUGUACAAGAGGAAUCAUAUGCAGUUGGAAGGGAAUGAUCGGUAUGAGGGCUACUGUGUAGACUUGGCCUCAGAAAUCGCCAAGCACGUGGGCAUCAAGUACAAACUGUCUAUUGUGGCCGAUGGAAAGUACGGAGCGCGUGACCCCGAGACCAAGACCUGGAAUGGCAUGGUGGGGGAGUUGGUAUAUGGGAGAGCAGAUAUAGCUGUGGCUCCCCUCACUAUAACCCUAGUACGGGAGGAAGUGAUAGAUUUCUCCAAGCCAUUCAUGAGUCUGGGCAUUUCCAUUAUGAUCAAAAAGCCACAGAAAUCUAAACCUGGAGUCUUCUCAUUCCUGGACCCGCUGGCCUAUGAGAUCUGGAUGUGUAUCGUGUUUGCAUACAUUGGUGUCAGUGUGGUCCUUUUCCUGGUGAGUCGUUUUAGUCCAUACGAAUGGCACCUAGAUGAAAACGAAGAAGUGAAGGACCCGCAGACGCCGCCCGACCCGCCCAACGACUUCGGCAUCUUUAACAGUCUCUGGUUCUCACUUGGAGCUUUCAUGCAGCAAGGAUGCGAUAUCUCACCAAGGUCUUUGUCUGGGCGUAUAGUUGGAGGUGUUUGGUGGUUCUUUACUCUAAUCAUCAUUUCAUCCUACACUGCAAAUCUGGCCGCUUUCCUGACUGUGGAAAGAAUGGUGUCGCCUAUAGAGAGUGCAGAAGACCUCGCCAAGCAGACCGAAAUCGCCUAUGGAACCCUGGACUCCGGCUCCACCAAAGAGUUCUUCAGGCGUUCAAAGAUCGCCGUCUAUGAAAAGAUGUGGUCUUAUAUGAAGUCUGCCGAGCCGUCUGUGUUUGUGAAAACGACCCCGGAUGGAGUGGCUCGUGUGCGCAAGUCAAAGGGAAAGUUUGCGUUCCUGCUCGAGUCCACGAUGAACGAAUACAUCGAGCAAAGAAAGCCAUGUGACACUAUGAAGGUGGGAGGGAACCUGGACUCCAAGGGCUACGGCGUGGCCACGCCCAAAGGGUCGGCAUUAAGAAGUGCAGUUAACCUGGCGGUGUUAAAGCUGAACGAGCAGGGCCUCCUGGACAAGCUGAAAAAUAAAUGGUGGUACGACAAGGGAGAAUGCGGCAGCGGGGGAGGGGACUCGAAGCACAAGGCCAGGUGUCCUACAGUAUCGCUUUGGUUAACAAAUAUUGGAACUCCUGUAAACCUUGCAGUGUUGAAACUCAGUGAACAAGGCAUCUUAGACAAGCUGAAAAACAAGUGGUGGUACGAUAAGGGUGAAUGUGGGACCAAAGACUCUGGGAGUAAGGAUAAGACCAGCGCGCUGAGUCUGAGUAACGUGGCAGGCGUGUUUUAUAUUCUGGUGGGGGGUCUGGGUCUCGCCAUGACUGUAGCACUGGUGGAGUUCUGCUACAAGUCGCACCAGGAGACCAAACGCCUCAAACUCGUCAAAAAUGCCCAGAACUUCAAACCAGCUCCUCCAUCCGCUGCACAGAGUUUUACUACAUACAGAGAGGGAUAUAAUGUCUAUGGAACAGAGAGCGUCAAGAUAUAAUGAUUGGAAUUCUGUCCCUGGCCGAACAUAACGUAUGUGGCAUUGGAUAGAUUCUCUGUCUGACUGCACUUCCCUUUAGAGAGUGGACACACUGUCAUUCAAACCUCUUCAGAACACUAUUUUUCUCUUCAUUGACCACAACCUGAACCAAUAAUCAAGCGACGGACUAUCGGAUUGAGCAACCCACCGACCCUCUCUCAGUGCCUUACUAAACCAGUGGCAGAACAUCAAAAUAUGCAGGCCAUCUCACCAAAGUCCUGGUGAUGGCAUGCUGGGUCUGAAUUUAAAUGAAUCUGAUUAGGAGAGGGAAAAAAGACAAAGGAGGGAGUGAGACACACACACAGAGAGAGAGAAGGUUUGAUUUGGUUUAUCUCAUGCUCUGUGAUGACAUGAGUGACAGCCAGCUUGUCUCCAUGACAACUCACACCAGAAGGGAUAUCUGCUGAAAAAAUGUAUGCAAACCGUAGAAAACAUUUUUUAAUGAGUUUGUUUGUUCAUUUGUCGAAAAGCUGUCCUGUGAUUUAGUGUUCCUAACAUUAUGAUGUCAUGAAUAAUUUUAGAUCUAUUCCGGCAUCUAUUGUCAAUAUUUUGUCCUCUUCACAAUUUACAUAAUUCUUCACAGUGUUUUUACUUUGGUUUAAAGAGAGUGUUGUACUGUACGUGCAUGUGUGCGUGAGAGAAAAUGACGCAGUCUUCCUCCUGUAAACCAGGAUGUGGGACUUUAAAUUUACUUUAUAUUGUAAAAGAGAGAUAUUAACAACAGCACAUUCAACAAGCGUUAAACAAACAGAUUUUUCACUAUCGUAGUUGAGAGGUAACUGUUUUCCAAUUUAGAUAAGUUCAGUAAGAUUACAUUUAAAUCCAUCUUGAAUAGUUUGUUAUCAUUUAAAGUUGAAUUAUUUUAAUUUACAAUACUACAUUACGAUGAUGACUAGGGGAAAAUACAAUUUCUGUUCAUCAAAAAAAAGAAAACAUGAAUCUUUAGUUUUAUAAAUCCAGAUGACGACACAACUGUAUGUUUAAAAUGUUUAACAUUUCUUUAGGUGGUCAAAUGCACAUUUUUUAAAGGGUUUUAUAUAACUGAUUUUUGUUUAAUUUCUAAGUAAAGUUGCAUGUGGUGAUAAAAAACAGCUUUCUAUUAACGAGACCUUCCCGGCCCACCCUAAUUUAGCCCUGACCUGCUCCUUUGAUACCCCCUUCCUUUAAACCUCUGCUGUUCCUUCAUCCCUAAUUCAGUUAAACAAAUAAAUAAAGAGACAGAAUAAAAGUACAAAACGAUCGAGAUAUUCAAAAGACAACAAUAUCUUCUUCUUGCAUGACUGCAUCCAGCUAUUAAACAUUUGAGUUUAUUUUGUAAAUAAAAGCAGAUUUAAGACAAAUCAAA